AUGCCAUGUCGUUUCUUCAGCACAACGAGACGCGUGGUAUCACCGCUGCGGCAGUCGCAGUCGCAGCUCCGUGUGUUUGAGCCACUACAACAUCACGCCCCUACUUUUUACAUGAAAGGCCACCAAGUUAAACCAUUAUAUCAGCCUCAUGAAUUCUACUCAGAGUUAAAGUCUCGUAUUCUCUCGGCCAAAGAUCGCAUUUUUAUCGCAGCUCUCUACAUUGGUCAUGCCGAGAAAGAAUUGGUCGAUACACUGCGAACCGCAUUGUCGCGAUCCAGUUCGUUAAAAGCUCACAUCCUGAUCGAUUGUUUACGUGGUACACGUGUGUCCAAAGGGCAAAGUUCAGCCACGCUUCUGCUUCCACUGCUACAGGAUUUUCCCAAUCAAGUCAAAGUAUCCAUGUAUCAUACCCCAGAUUUGACCGGUGUGCUGAAAAAAACAUUGCCACAACGAUUCAACGAAACCAUUGGUUUGAUGCAUAUGAAGGUGUAUGGUUUUGACAACACCGUCAUGCUCAGCGGGUACUUGCUUCGUUUUAGUGCCAACCUAAGUCUCGACUACUUUACCAAUCGCCAAGAUCGAUACAUGCUGUUUGAUGACCAUGCUCCUCUGGCUUCGUACUAUGCCCACCUUUUGGAAACCGUGGGCUCGUUUUCGUAUCAGCUCGACAAUCCGGUAUCAGGCACGGAGCACAGUUACAGUCUCGUGAGUCCGGCGGAUCUGGCCGACCCUAUCUUUGACAGCCGCCGGUUUAAACACCAACAAGAUACCGCGGUGUUACCGGUGGUCCAAAUGGGUCCCUUUGGCAUUCGACAAGAUGAAAACAUUUGCUUAGAGUUACUCGAUAUUGCACAUCGUACGGGAGGCAAGAGUCCCGAAAAUUGGUGGAUCAUUCAUUUAACGUCCGGCUACUUUAAUUUCACUGAUCGAUACAAAACUUACAUUCUCAAGACACGUGCCUAUUUCCGAUUUCUUACCGCAUCACCCGAGGCGAAUGGAUUCUUUAACUCCAAAGGCGUAUCUCGGUUUUUACCACCGGCCUAUACAUUUAUCGAACGUCAAUUUUACAAGAACAUUCUGAGGCUUGGGAAACAAGACAUGAUUACCAUUGAAGAAUACAAACGACCAGGAUGGACAUAUCACGCAAAAGGGCUGUGGGUAUGUUUCCCAAGUAACGAGUACCCGUCAUUAACAAUGAUCGGAUCUCCCAAUUUUGGACAUCGGUCGAGUGAGCGAGAUCUGGAAACACAAGCGGUGGUGAUUACACAAAACGAAAAGUUACAACAAGCAUUACACAAAGAAGUGAACGGAUUACAUGAGCAUUCGGAUUUGGUCACCAAAGACACGUUCAAAAAAAUGGACAGACGAGUGCCUUAUGGCGUUCGAUUGGCCACUGCCGUUGUCAAGACCAUGCUUUGAAGUGCAUUUACAAUAAAUACUCACUACAUACCUCUGCUUGCUGUUGUUAAUUAGCUCAAGCUGAGGGUCGUCUGUACCCGUACGUGUGGGAAUAAUUUCCGCAAACUUUAUACGAGGUGGACCGGUAUUCAAAGGAUGACGAGGGGUCAGCAGCAAUCUCUUUCUUUUUUGUUUGGAAACUUGUCGGCAUGAAUAUGCAUGGGCGUGACCAGAGAUCAACACAGUUAGAUUCCAUGAGUGGAACAUGGCGGUUGAUAAUAUUUCCUGACAAAGAUACUCAAUAAGAUUGAAUUGAACCAUGAGGGUUGAUCAGAUGAUGCUACACUAAAAUAGAAGGUGCAACAUGACGCAUUGAAGCUUGAACAUCGUACAAAGCAUGGCCAUGCGCCUGUUUGAAAGAGAGGAAAACGACCAAAAGGGAUAAAAAAAAGCUUUUGCGUUACACGCGCUGAUUGGGUAGC